GUAUGGAUGACUUCAUAGUAAUGCAAGAAAUCCAUCAUUUCAUUGUAUGAAUGACUUCAUGGACGGCGUCGUCGUUCAUGCAAAAGACGUGUAUAUAAGAUAAAACGAUGUUUUUUCUUUGAACGUUUCAUACUAUUUACACAUGGCUUCUUCUGCUCCUGGUGACCCACUUUCUAUAUCCUCUAAGGGUAUUGACACUCUCUCUGCUGCUACCCAGCCGUUUGGACCUUUGAAGAAAAUAUGUGAGCAUGUGUGUGGAUUCCACAUGUACGCUCAUGAUAUGACUCGUCAAGUUCAUGCCCACCACUUCUGUUCUCAUGUAAACGAGGACUUCCGUCAAUGUGUCAUAUAUGACUCUCCAAACCCAGAUGCUCGCCUGAUAGGAAUUGAGUAUAUUAUCUCUGAAAAACUAUUUGAUCAACUCGAUGAUGAGGAAAAAAAAUAUUGGCACUCUCAUGAUUAUGAAGUACGUGGAGGAAGCCUGGCGUUGCCUAUGCCAAAAUUGAUGCCUGAACUAGGUGCUGCAGCGGCUGAACGCCAAGCGCUUUUGUCGUUACAGAAGACAUAUGGAAAAACGUGGCACACAUGGCAAGUGGAUCGCUUCGAUUCUUUGCCUUAUGGUCCUGCACAGCUGAUGAUGGCAUUCACCAAGGAUGGCCAGCUUGACCAUGAAAUGGCCAAAAGAAGAGAAGAAGACGAAGGUAUCAACAUAUCUACAAAGCAGCAAGAGCGUUCAGACUUCCCUGACUACACUCCUCGCCAAGGUGCUGAUCACUGGCAGUCUGGACAAGCUUUACAAGCAACCAUGCAAAAAGUUGAUACUAAGAUGAAGUGAUUAUCUCGUGUUAUGAACGCGUCUUAAUUCUUAAACGCAAGUUGAUUCAAUGAAAUAAAGGGAAGGAUGAGAGAAAUAUCAUAUUUUUGAAUUAGGAGCUAGUGAGUCGUACGGAGCAUCUGACUCACUCGGCCUCCGGCCCAACCGGUACAGCUGCCACAACCCUGUGGUGGGACCACAUAUAAAGAGAACUGUUUCAGCUCAUUCGUGGAAUUAGCGAGCUGGUCCAACUGAUCCUGAUUCGAGCUCGUCUUCCAGGUCCGCAACUGAAGCAAGCGAUCCCCGGUUCAGCACCUUAUUAUG